CCAUGAUGCUCCAGGCUGAGUAUAUUUCCCAUAAUGCACCAGGCUGCUGGUCCUGGCGCUGAAGCACUUUGCGGCGACGCCGCGUCCUGAUCAGCUGAUCAGCAGCUUCCUGCUGAAUAAACCUCGCUGGAGCCUCAGGAAACACGUCAGAGACAUGAGUGGAAGGAGGGCGCCGCGCAGCAGCGUCAUCAAGAUGUUUAUGACACAGCGAGUCUUCCCGCCGCUUCCCCUUGCCUGCAGCAGGGUGGACCCAGCAGAGCAGCGCCCCCCGGUGGACAGAACCACCCCUAACACACCCAGCUGGCUCAGGAACAGUCAGCUGAUCAUCCAGAAGUCCCGGCUGAGCUCCGGCCAUUAUCCCCCCUCCCUCCCCCCGGGCGUCACCCUCAGGCUCCACCCCUAUUGGCUCAGCAAGACCUCACACCCACCUCCACCUUCCCACAGACGGAUCUUCGCCCUGGCCCACAAUGCAUCUCUGCUGCCUCUUGCACAACGCCCAGCAGAGAGACAGGCAGACAGACAGGCAGACAUACUAGAGGACUCGCUGGCAGACAGACAGGCAUCGCUGAAAUCAAAGAGACAAACAGACAGAAAGAUAAACAAACCGGUGUGCAGACAGUCAGACAGACAGCCAGUCAACUUCCUGCCUCCCCCCCCUCCAGGUGUCACUCUACUCUCUGACUCCCCCCCCACUGUCUCCACAGCCCUGGCUGUGCCCCCUGUCUGUGGGGCUGUCCCAUUGGCUGCUCUUCAUCCAGGACCUGCCCACAUUAUCCAGCCCUGCCCUCUUAUUGGCCAGUGGACGCAGCAGAGCCCUCUCCCCUCUGGGACCGACGCGAAGCCGGCGUACGUCCUCCUCCAGAUGGUGUGGACGCCCACCGCCACCUCCCAGCAUGCUCUGGGGCAACAGCUCCACAGACCAAUCAAUGAGGAGCGAGAGGACAAAACGCCAUGCCUUCCACCGGAGGAAGAGAGACGGGAGGAAGAGGAAAGUUCAACAUCAACACUCAGCCCAAUGUCGUCCUGUGAAGUAGUAGAAGAAGAAGAACAGGUGAGAGAAGAAGAAGAAGAAGAGGAGGAAACUACAACACUGUUGUCCUGUGAGGAGGAGGAGGAGAACUGGGGUGAUCUAGGUGUGCUCCGUCGGAAAGGAAUACAAAAUACCGGAAGAGGAGAAGAAGGAGAGGGAGAGCACGGGAGAGAAGGAGGAGAAGAUGGAGAAAGAGAGGAAGAGGAGGGG